CGGUUUGCUGGCGGCGCUCGCUUCCUUCGUCGCCCCCUCGGCUGCCCUUCUUGGAGUAGCCCGCGGGCAGUUCUCAGCAGAGACUGGGUACUCUGGCCUUCUGCGGAUUGUUUUCUGCAUGAUAACGAGACGAAAAGCAGCCACCUUUCAACGAUUCGGUCUUUUAAGUUUCUCCCAAAUUGGAGUCGGCUGCUACUGUCUGUCUAAGUUGGAAAGGAGCCAGUCGGCUUGUGGGUAAAAAGUUCACAAACCUCUGAAUCAGGAACGGUGUUCGUAGAGUUUCCUGGGUUACAACCGACUCGCCUUAUUUCUUACCCACCCCCACCACAGACCCUUCCUCUUUCAAAGGAGGGGAAAGUAGUAGUGAAAGAGUUAAUGCAUUGCUGCUGUUAUCUGGAUUUCCUAAAGCAAACAAGCUGCACCUAGCGGCGACGGGCCGAUUCCUCCUUUCUUCUGUUGACUUUUGUGUCGGGCUAACUUUUGGCAAUAGGGGCUGAUCCCGGCUGCCAGAUCUUGGAGGCAGCGACUGUACUUGGCCGGAAUUGCUAGGGGAGGUGCAGACUCCACCGCCCGGACGUAAAGUACUUUGUGGGGUUGCACCUUUAAUGAUGGUCCUGGGCCCUGUGAUUACCAUCAAGACCCGUAUGAUGACUUUGACUGGGUUCAUGUUAGUGCUCAAGAGCCUCACUACCUGCCACCUGAGAUGCCUCCAGGAUCGUACAUGAUAGUAGAUUCGUCACACCACAGCCAUGGAGAAAAGGCUCGACUCCAGCUUCCUACUAUGAAAGAGAAUGACACUCACUGCAUUGAUUUCAGCUACCUUUUGUACAGUAAGAAAGGGGCAAGUCCUGGAACUCUGAACAUCUUGGUUAGGGUAAACAAGGGCCCUCUGGCAAAUCCCAUUUGGAAUGUGACAGGUUCCACUGGCAAAGACUGGCUACGGGCAGAACUGGCAGUCAGCACCUUCUGGCCCAAUGAAUACCAGGUAAUAUUUGAGGCUGAAGUCUCAGAUGGAAGAAAUGGCUACAUUGCCAUUGAUGACAUCCAGGUUCUGAGUUACCCUUGUGAUAAAUCUCCUCAUUUCUUGCGGCUGGGGGAUGUGGAGGUCAAUGCAGGCCAGAAUGCUACAUUUCAGUGCAUUGCUACAGGGAGGGAUGCUGUGAAUAACAAGUUAUGGCUGCAGAGACGGAAUGGAGAAGACAUCCCUGUGGCCCAAACUAAAAACAUAAAUCACAGACGAUUUGCUGCUACCUUUAAACUUCAGGAAGUGACAAAAACAGAUCAGGAUUUAUAUCGCUGUGUUACUCAGUCUGAGAGAGGAUCUGGAGUCUCCAAUUUUGCUCAGCUUAUUGUUCGAGAACCACCUCGGCCAAUAGCACCUCCACAGCUGCUUGGAGUUGGCCCAACUUAUUUGCUGAUUCAGUUGAAUGCUAAUUCCAUUAUUGGGGAUGGGCCUAUUAUCCUAAAAGAAGUAGAAUACCAUAUGACAACUGGGACCUGGACAGAAACCCAUGCUGUAAAUGCACCAACUUACAAGCUGUGGCAUUUGGACCCAGACACAGAGUAUGAAAUUCGUGUUCUUCUAACCAGACCUGGAGAAGGUGGCACUGGCCAAUCAGGCCCUCCACUUAUCACCCGUACCAAAUGUGCAGAGCCUAUGAGAACACCAAAAACAUUGAAGAUUGCUGAGAUCCAGGCCCGUCAUAUUGCUGUGGAUUGGGAGUCUCUAGGUUACAACAUUACUCGCUGCCAUACUUUCAAUGUCACUAUCUGCUACCAUUACUUCCAUGGCCAUAAUGAAAGCAAGGCAGACUGCUUGGAUAUGGACCCGAAAGCGCCUCAGCAUGUUGUGAACCAUCUGCCUCCUUACACUAAUGUCAGCCUCAAAAUGAUCCUGACUAAUCCUGAGGGAAGAAAGGAAAGUGAAGAGACAAUCAUCCAAACGGAUGAAGAUGUGCCUGGUUCUGUACCUGUAAAGUCACUAAAGGGAACUCCUUUUGAAGACAAGAUCUUCCUAAACUGGAAAGAACCUAUGGAUCCAAAUGGCAUCAUCACACAGUAUGAGGUCAGUUACAGCAGUAUAAGAUCUUUUGAUCCUGCAGUUUCAGUGGCUGGGCCAGCUCAAACUGUGUCAAAGCUAUGGAACAGUACACAUCAUGUCUUUUCCCAUCUACACCCUGGAACUACCUACCAGUUUUAUAUAAGAGCCAGCACUGUCAAAGGGUUUGGACCAGCUACGGCAAUCAACGUAACCACCAAUAUUUCAGCUCCCACAUUACCAGACUACGAAGGCAUUGAUGCAUCUCUCAACGAAACUGCCACAACCAUAACUGUACUCCUGAGACCAGCACAGGCUAAAGGUGCUCCUAUCAGUGCCUAUCAGAUUGUUGUUGAAGAGCUGCAUCCUCAUCGAACAAAACGAGAAACAGGUGCAAUGGAUUGCUACCAGAUUCCCGUCACAUAUCAAAAUGCUCUGAGCGGUGGCUCACCAUAUUAUUUUGCCGCAGAAUUGCCACCUGGUAACCUUCCUGAACCAGCCCCUUUCACAGUUGGUGACAAUAGAACAUACCAAGGCUUCUGGAACCCACCUUUGGCUCCUCGAAAAGGGUAUAAUAUCUACUUCCAAGCCAUGAGCAGUGUUGAGAAGGAGACUAAAACUCAGUGUGUUCGAAUCGCUACCAAAGCAGCAGCAACAGAAGAACCAGAGGUAAUUCCUGACCCUGCCAAGCAGACAGACCGUGUUGUGAAAAUAGCAGGGAUAAGUGCUGGAAUUCUGGUCUUCAUUCUCCUCCUCCUACUUGUCAUAUUAAUUGUAAAAAAAAGCAAACUUGCCAAGAAACGCAAAGAUGCAAUGGGAAACGCUAGACAAGAAAUGACCCAUAUGGUGAACGCAAUGGAUAGGAGCUACGCUGAUCAAAGCACACUUCAUGCAGAGGAUCCUCUCUCAGUCACGUUUAUGGACUCCCAUAACUUCAGCCCCAGAUAUGAAAACCACAGCGCAACAGCAGAGUCAAGUCGUCUGUUAGAUGUGCCUCGCUAUCUCUGUGAAGGAACAGAGUCCCCAUACCAAACAGGCCAACUCCAUCCUGCUAUAAGAGUAGCUGAUUUACUGCAGCACAUUAACCUCAUGAAAACAUCUGACAGCUAUGGUUUUAAAGAAGAAUAUGAGAGCUUCUUUGAAGGACAGUCAGCUUCUUGGGAUGUGGCAAAAAAGGAUCAAAACAGAACGAAGAAUAGAUACGGAAACAUUAUAGCGUAUGACCACUCCAGAGUGAUAUUACAACCUGUAGAAGAUGAUCCUUCUUCAGACUACAUUAAUGCUAAUUACAUUGAUGGAUAUCAAAGACCAAGUCACUACAUUGCAACCCAAGGGCCAGUCCAUGAAACAGUGUAUGAUUUCUGGAGAAUGAUUUGGCAGGAACAAUCUGCGUGCAUUGUUAUGGUUACAAAUUUAGUUGAGGUUGGGCGGGUUAAAUGCUACAAGUAUUGGCCUGAUGACACUGAAGUUUAUGGAGACUUCAAAGUUACUUGUGUGGAAGUAGAACCGCUUGCAGAGUAUGUGGUCAGAACAUUUACUCUUGAAAGGAGAGGUUACAAUGAAAUCCGCGAAGUUAAACAGUUCCACUUUACUGGCUGGCCAGAUCAUGGAGUACCUUAUAAUGCAACAGGCCUUCUUUCAUUUAUACGCCGUGUUAAACUAUCUAACCCUCCUAGUGCUGGACCUAUUGUUGUGCAUUGCAGGUGUGUAGAGAAGAGUGCUGGAGCUGGACGAACUGGCUGUUACAUUGUAAUUGACAUCAUGCUAGACAUGGCAGAAAGAGAAGGUGUUGUUGACAUCUACAAUUGUGUUAAAGCAUUACGUUCACGCCGCAUCAAUAUGGUACAGACUGAGGAGCAGUAUAUCUUUAUUCAUGAUGCAAUUUUGGAAGCCUGCUUAUGUGGAGAAACUGCCAUCCCCGUCUGUGAAUUCAAAGCUGCAUUUUUUGAUAUGAUUAGAAUAGACUCUCAGACAAACUCUUCACAUCUCAAAGAUGAAUUUCAGACCCUGAAUUCUGUGACUCCCCGACUGCAAGCUGAAGACUGCAGCAUAGCAUGCCUGCCAAGGAAUCAUGACAAAAACCGCUUUAUGGAUAUGCUGCCACCUGACAGAUGCCUGCCUUUCUUAAUUACUAUUGAUGGAGAGAGCAGCAACUAUAUCAAUGCUGCCCUUAUGGACAGUUACAGACAACCUGCUGCUUUCAUUGUCACGCAACAUCCUCUGCCAAACACUGUGAAAGAUUUCUGGAGAUUAGUAUAUGACUAUGGCUGUACCUCUCUUGUGAUGUUAAAUGAAGUUGAUUUAUCACAGGGCUGUCCACAGUACUGGCCAGAGGAGGGACUGCUGAGAUAUGGCCCUAUCCAGGUGGAAUGCAUGUCUUGUUGCUCAAUGGAUUGUGAUGUGAUAAACAGACUUUUCAGGAUAUGCAACUUAACAAGGCCUCAGGAAGGCUAUCUGAUGGUACAGCAGUUCCAGUAUUUGGGAUGGGCAUCUCACAGAGAUGUGCCAGGCUCCAAACGGUCAUUCUUGAAGUUAAUUCUUCAGGUUGAAAAGUGGCAGGAAGAAUGUGAAGAAGGAGAAGGCAGAACUAUAAUUCAUUGUCUGAACGGCGGUGGACGAAGUGGAAUGUUCUGUGCCAUAGGCAUAGUAGUGGAAAUGGUUAAAAGGCAAAAUGUCAUUGAUGUUUUCCAUGCAGUAAAAACUUUAAGGAACAGUAAGCCAAACAUGGUAGAAACACCGGAGCAAUAUCGUUUCUGCUACGACGUUGCACUUGAAUACCUCGAAUCAUCAUAGUGAGAAAAGAUGGAUGUAAUCAAGUGAACCAAAUAAUAUUAAAUUUAAUGAACUGUGUUUUGGCAUCAGCUGUUGAACCUGUGAAGAGGAAGAGUUAAUUUUUAAAUGCAAAAGUAUUUUUCUUAAUAAAUGGUGUAUCUUAAUUAUAUAUAUAUAUAUAUAUAUAUAUAUAUAUAUAUAUAUAUAUAUAUAUAUAUAUAUAUAAAGAGGACUGUUUCUAUGCCUGUACACACUAUGAACAUAUAGUGCCACAAAAAAAUACAGAAGAGCUGAGGCAGAGCACGUCUGCUGUUCGAGGUAGGACUUUUCCAGUGCUUGUAUAUUCAGCUGUUUCUCGGUUACACUAGAACCGCCAUCUGUUGCAUGUAUCUAUUUCUCUUCAACAUUUUGUUUUCCUUUUGUUCUUAAUUUGAUAAACUUAAAAGUAAAACAAAACUGUGCAAAUUGAUAGUCUCUAUAGGUUUCAUGUGUUGCAAGAAAGUAUAUAUAGAAAUAUAUGUAUGAUAACUGGCUUAUUUUGUUUUAAUGUGCAAUGACAGCCUGAUCAAAGUUCUUUAUAAAGAAAUCUAAACAUAAGCCAAAGACUCAAGUGUAAAUAUGUCAAUAUGGAGAAAAAAGCACAUUGUAUUUAUUGUUUACUGACAUUGCUUUUAUGAUGGCUGAACAAAACCUUUUUUUUUCUUGAAAAGCUUGGGGGGGUUCUUUGUUGAAAUCAAGUGUAAAUGAUUUUUGUAGAUUAUUUUUUGUAUGGUUUUGUGGAAGUAGAGAGAGAGAGAGACUUUUCAUGGGUAGACCAGAAAACAUUGCUUAGUGGUUUUUCGUUGUUGGGUAUAUGCUUAUGAAUGAAAUCCUUACUUUGUUUCCAAAAGUCUAAAUCAGAACCUCUCUCAACAUGUAUAGGUUUUUUAAAAGAGUUUAAUAAUAUGAAUCAAAUGGAAACUGCACACAUAUGGCCUUGCUUAUGACUUGCACAAUGUUGGAAGUAACUUCACUUUUUAAAGGAACAAAGUGUUAAUAAUAAAUGCUUGAAACACAGAUUAGAAGAAAUAUGGAAAUAUUAAAGAAAGAAAGGUUUGGUUUGAAAAAGAAACCACAUUUCUUUUCAUAUUGAUUAGGCAGGAGGCAAUCCCAGUCAGCCAUAGCACAAGGCUCCCCAAAUGUACUGUGCCAAAAAUUCCUCUGAAUUUUUUCAACGAUUCUCUAGAAAAUAAAUUGCAUUCAAAAAUUAUCAAAGGGUAAAGAAAAUUCUGGUAAAAUCCUAAUGGGUGGGGUGCAAAGUUCUUGUCAUACUUACGUUACUUUUAAGGUGGUUAGGGAGUGUUUGUGACCAUCCUUCUUUCUUCUACAAAAUAUAUCUUGUGUAGUCUGCACUCUGUAGCCUUCUUGGUUGGCUGGAUUCCCUGAAAAUCUGAUAACAUGUUCACACUGGGCUUUCAGGUAACCACAGAAAAGUAGGGAGGCUGCCUACUGCAUGCCUGACAGCUGUUCACUUUUCUCCCAAGUGAAGUAUUUUUACUUGGCAUUUUAUAUGAUUUGUUUUAGUAUUUUAAAAUUUUAAACUGCCUUGGGUGGCUUAGCAGAAAGGCAGUGUAUACAUACAGUAAAUAAAAUAAAUCAGUGCAGAAAUAUUUUUUUAAAAGCUAAAAUGAUCUGUUUCCUUUACAUACAAAAUUACCAGGUUCACUGAUCUUAGGCACACAGUAUCCAGCUUCCUAAUACCCAGUGCUUCAGUUAAAGCUCAGGGGAAGGUGUCACUGGAAUUUUUCCAAUGGGGCUUUAUCAGAAGAGGAAGUGAAGGCAACCUGAGAAACCACAUAGCACAUGAGAGAAAUGUUCAAUGGAAAGAGGGGGGGGGAAACAAACACCAUUCACAGACACUUCACAAUGAUAAGGUAAGCUCAACCCUGCCCACACCAAAAUUAUAAAGCAGUUCUAACGUGUCCUGAGAAGGAAGCAGAAAAAUUGAAGCCUCUUUUGGAGGGGAAUAAAAAUUUCAAGAAAUUGAGACAACAGGUUUCAACACAGUACUAUCCCCACCAAUACUAGAGGUAUUUUGACAUUUUUAUUGUAGUCAGUCAUCUGCCUAAACAGGCAAUCUUUUUCAUUUAAAACUGGCUUGCAAGGUGACUGACUGCAGGAAAUAUUUUCAAAAUGCCUUCAGUUGUGUAUCUACUUCCUCUCCCCUGGUUGCCUAGGAUUGUGUUGAUGGAAGCUUUGCACUCUUACAAAGCCAAAAUGUAUUGAAUCAGUUCCAGAUUAGGUUGUAGUUUGGUAUGCAAAGUAUCCAUGUUAUUACUUAACUCUUCAUAUGCACAUUCAUAAGCCUGGACAUAUUUUCCAAAUGAAAAUCAUUUGUGUGCCCUGUUGAUUUCUUUGAUCAAGAGUAAAUGACAAGGUGCUUAUAAAUACUCAUGUAAAGUAAGAGUGAAUUAAAGAAGUUUUAUAAAA